GCCGGCGAGCAGUAGUAAGGUAUUAGUUUGAAUCGCUUGAUUGAGUGAAGUGCAGACAACAGGGAUCUACAUAUAUUCAAAAUGAAACUCUUUGCCGCCAUCGUAUUUGCCGUGUUUGCGUGCGUUGCUGCCGAUGUCAGCCACCUGAGCAAUACUUACCUGCCGCCAUCGCAAGGCGCUGCUAGCUCAGUUUCUUCAGAGUACCUACCUCCAGCGGCCAGCACACAACAUGCUUCUUACUCGGCGCCAAGCUACUCGGUAGCUGCUUCGGCACCAAGUGUGUCUUACUCGGCUCCAGCUCGCUCCGUCUCUUACUCUGCGCCAGCUGCUUCUGCGUCUUACUCAGCACCAAGCUACUCGGCCGCUGCUUCAGCCCCAAGUGUGUCUUACUCGGCUCCAGCUCGCUCCGUCUCUUACUCUGCGCCAGCUGCUUCCUACUCGGCACCAAGCUACUCAGCUGCUGCUUCAGCUCCUAGUGUAUCGUACGCCGCUCCAUCCCGCUCUGUGUCAUACUCAGCUCCAGCUCCAGCUGCUUCCUACUCGGCUCCAAGCUACUCAGUCGCUGCUUCAGCUCCUAGUGUAUCGUACGCCGCUCCAGCUCGCUCUGUGUCAUACUCAGCUCCUGCUCCAGCUGCUUCCUACUCGGCUCCAAGCUACUCAGUCGCUGCUUCAGCACCUAGUGUAUCGUACGCCGCUCCAGCUCGCUCUGUGUCAUACUCAGCUCCUGCUCCAGCUGCUUCCUACUCGGCUCCAAGCUACUCAGCCGCUGCUUCAGCACCAAGUGUCUCCUACUCUGCUCCCUCAGUCAGCUACAGCGCUCCCGUCGCUGCUGCUUCGGUCUCCUCACCUUCAUACUCCAGUAUUGACACUCAGUAUGGUUCCAACGGCGGUUACAUCUACCGCAGACGUCAUUAGAAUAGCAAUUAUUCUAAGUAACUAUGUGUUCAAUAAGAGAUAUUUUUACUAAAAACGAAAUAAAAACGCAAUUUUUACACUUCU